CUUCGGUCGCCUACGCUUGCGACGUAUACAUAUUAAUUGUGCGUGUAAAGACUUUGACCAGUGAAGUGUUUCCAACAGUGUGAGAUAAUAAUUAAACGAAAAUGAAGAUAUUAAUGAGAGCGGACACCCAUUACAGCAUAGCAGUGCGGAGUGAUUAUGAUGAACCAAAAUAUACGUUUUCACAGGUACUAGCAGCCAUAGCAGUGUCCCUGGGGUCAAUGGUUGUUGGGUUUUCAUCAGCUUACACUUCACCAGCUCUCGUCACCAUGCAAAAUGACACAUCGAUAAAUGUAUCCGAAGAAGAGGCGAGCUGGGUCGGAGGGUUGAUGCCACUAGCGGCCCUGGCGGGCGGGGUGUUCGGCGGGCCUCUCGUCGACUACAUCGGCCGCCGCAGGACCAUACUCUUCACCGCCCCGCCCUUCUUCGUGGCCUGGAUCUUCAUCGCCACUGCUACCAGCGUCCAGCUAGUUCUGACGGGACGUGCCAUCUGCGGUGUAUGCGUUGGCAUCGGAUCAUUAGCUUUCCCCGUGUAUUUGGGCGAAACUAUCCAGCCUGAGGUCCGCGGCGUAUUAGGACUGUUCCCUACCGCGAUAGGAAAUAUCGGAAUACUUUUAUGCUACACCGCUGGAAAGUAUUUAGAUUGGUCGCAACUAGCGUAUUUAGGAGCUGCCCUGCCUGUCCCAUUCUUUAUUCUCAUGCUAUUGAUCCCGGAGACUCCACGCUGGUAUGUGAAUAAUAAUCGAUUGGAAGACGCUAAAAAGGCUUUACAGUGGCUUAGAGGAAAAAAUGCUGUAAUCGACAACGAAAUCCGAGACAUACAACUAACGGAAGCCGAGACGCAAGAUUCCGAGUCCACUAUCCGAGAGCUAUUCAGCAAGAAAUCUAUGAAGUCCAUUUGUAUUUCCUUGGGGUUGAUGGCGUUCCAACAAUUGUCCGGUAUUAACGCCGUUAUAUUUUACACUGUGAAAAUAUUCAAAAUGUCCGGUAGUUCAGUUGAUGAAAACUUGUCAACAAUUAUAGUUGGAAUUGUUAACUUUGUGUCCGUAUUUAUAGCGACUGGCUUAAUUGACCGUUGUGGGAGAAAAAUACUUUUAUACAUAUCAUCAGUAUCAAUGAUACUUACUUUAGUAAUUCUUGGCACUUUCUUUCAUGUUCGAGAUAGUAUGGGCCUAGAUGUCGCGACUUUAGGAUGGUUGCCCUUAACUUCCCUAAUGGUAUACUUGUUAGGUUUUUCAAUGGGAUUCGGUCCGAUACCUUGGCUAAUGAUGGGUGAGAUUUUGCCAGCAAAAAUUAGAGGUCCAGCUGCAUCAAUCUGCACAGCAUUCAAUUGGUUAUGUACAUUUGGUGUCACUAAAUCAUUCCAUAACCUAUUGGAUGCUAUUGGUCCCAAUGGUGCAUUCUGGCUUUUUGGUUGUAUUUGUUUCGUGGGCUUAUUCUUUGUGGUAGUGUGUGUACCUGAGACCCGGGGGAAAAGUCUUGAGCAGAUUGAGAAUAAGCUCACAGGCAGGCCCAAGGGCAGAACACGUAGACUUAGUUCGAUAGCUAACAUUAAACCUUUGCCAAGCGGUUGUUAGUAACUUUUUAAGAAGAAUGAAGUAGGUGAUUUUUUAAAGUAAGUAAUAUAAAGUUAUAUUGGAUGACAAAAUCGGCAACUUUAAAUAGUAUGCUAAAAUACUGAGACAGUGAGACAUGCUACUUACUUGAAGCAAUAUUUUUUAGGUAGGUAUUUUCCUUAUUUAAGGCGAAAAUUCUCUAUUAGAUGUUUAAAUAAAAUAAAUAGGUACUUAAUUUUAUUCGUAGCUACGUAAGGAUUGAAUAAAUAUAUUUUGUGAAAUAUUUUCCUAGUCCAGUUAUGUUAGAAUAAUUAUGGAAUAGGAAAGUGGAGUUCCUAUUAUAAUUUAAGAACACAAAAAAAUCAAAGCUUAAAAAAGUCUGUGAAGCGCAGCUUUCUUUUCCGCACCUAUUAUAAUGACAAAUUGCAAUAAUGGCAUCGAAUCUCAAGACAUUAUUUAAUGUGUUAUAUAAAAGUAGGUGUUACGACAUUCGUUAGGUACUCGUAGGUACACACACAGAGAUACAGUGUGCACUAAAGAAUGUGUGCACACUGUAGGUAGUUUAUUGAUUGGUAUCGAUACUAUCGAUUGAUUGAACCUAUCAAUGUAUGAUUGAUCGCAAUUAGUUGUCUCAAAUGUUCAGCGAUGCUAGAUUGUUAGCGAAUGUCAUGUUCGAAUGAUUUAAUCAUUUUCACAACACCAAUGUAACAUAUAGCUCUCUUGAUUCUUUAAAAACGGCUGAGUAUUGCAUUUUAUUUCAUACAAAUUUACCUUGAUGUGUGCGUCGUUGAUGCGGAAGUCCUAAGGUGGUUUGUAGAAUUGACUUAUACAAGUUAUACACUAUUAUUGUUUAUUCAUAAAAUAAUAAAUUUGAUUUUACUGUUAGUACUCUUGUGUUGGUGUACUGAAAUUUUUGGUGUUUCACUCGGUGGCAAAAGUUUAACCUUCUUGCCUUGACUCCCUCGCUACGAUCGAUUUCAAUGUUGGAAUCGCUCGCUUUCGGGUCUCGGGUAUCAGUAAAUUGGUACACGUGCGGUUAAACAACAACUUUGCCCCUUGUAAAACAAAUAACAGUUGAAAUGCGAUA